AUGGCUGAAGGACACAUUGAUGCACAGUCGGCUGUCAAGAAACAUUACCUAUCGGCCCAACGCUGCCAGCCACCCACCCUGCCAGUCACCCAGCUACCCAGCCAGCCAGCCAGCUUCCCUGCCACAUACCCAGCUACCCAGCUAGCUACCCAGCCUCCCACCCAGCUACCAAGCCACCCAGCCUCCCACCCACCCAGCCAGUCAGCCAGCCAAACACCCAGCUACCCACCCAGCCUCCCACCCAGCUACCAAGCCACCCAGCCUCCCACCCAGCUACCCAGCCACCCAGCCUCCCACCCAGCUACCCAGCCAGCCAGCCUCCCACCCAGCUACCAAGCCACCCAGCCUCCCACCCAGCUACCCACCCAGCCUCCCACCCAGCUACCAAGCCACCCAGCCUCUCACCCAGCUACCCAGCCUCCCACCCAGCUACCAAGCCACCCAGCCAGCCAGCCACCCACCCAGCCAGUCAGCCAGCCAAACACCCAGCUACCCAGCCAACCAGCCAGCCUCCCAGGUACCCAGACACCUACCCAGAUACCCAGCCUCCCACCCACCCACCCAGCCAGCCAGCCAGCUACCCACCCAGCCAGUCAGCCAGCCAAACACCCAGCUACCCAGCCAGCUAACCAGCCAGCCUCCCAGGUACCCAGACACCUACCCAGCAACCCAGCUAGCUACCCAGAUACCAAGCUACCCAGCCACCCAUCCAGCUACCCAGCUUCCAAGCUACCCACCCAGCUACCCAGCCAGCCAGCUCUUGAAUAA